UAUUCUGCUAAGCAGCAGCCUUCAACUGUCGUUAACUCGUGCGAAAGCUCUUCUCCUUCCUCGCCGUCUCACUGUAUAUAAGAAGCAGCCAAAUUGAGAUAAUCAAAUCUAAAACUCAGUUAUUUUCCGCCACCGCUUCAACUUCCAUCAUCUCUUCCAACCACCUCUCCUAGGUAUGCAACCCCUCUUUCUCUCGUUUGAUUUUUCUUAUCUUUACUGCUAUAUAAAUGCAAGAAUCUUGAUUUGAAGCCACUCUCUACCAUGGCAUCUCUCAGAUUAUCCAUUUCUUUGAAUGCAAAUAAAUCCAAUUUCUCCAAAAACCCACUUCAAUUUCCCACCCAUGUCUCUCUUUUUUCAAUUUCUAGUUGUAUUCCUUCAUCUAAGCCAUGCAUAAUCACCAUUUUGAGUAGAUUCAAUCCUGUUAAAGUCUCUCGGGUAGAAACCGAGUUGUCUGAGAGUGAACCUGUUUUAUCCACAUCCCGCGAUUUGGUCCAGGAAAGCUUAAAUCAGGAUUUGAUUGAGCGGAACCAGGAUCUGAAACGUAAAAUCAGGAAAAAUUAUAGGGGUGCAAAGAAGGGGAGGAAAAGUCAAGUGGGAUUUAAGUUUAAUUACAAAAGGCAUGGUAGUCAACAAAGAGAAGAUUUUUUUGUGCAUGAUACUGAUUUGGAUGUUGAUUACUCUGUCAUUAACUCCAACUUAAGUCUAGAACAAUGUAAUUAUAUUUUGAAACAGCUUGAGGGGUGUAGUAGUGAAAGUAAAACUUUGAGGUUCUUUGAGUGGAUGAAGAGUAACGGGAAGCUAGAAAAGAAUGUGAAUGCUUAUAAUGUGAUUCUUCGAGUGCUGGCCAGGAGAGAAGACUGGGAUUGUGCAGAGAGGAUGAUUAGGGAAUUGAGUGAUAGCUUUGGUUCUGCCCUGGAUUUUCGGAUUUUUAACACUCUUAUUUAUAUUUGCUCUAAACGGGGGCAUAUGAAGUUGGGUGGGAAAUGGUUUCUAAUGAUGUUGGAACUUGGUGUUCAGCCCAAUGUAGCCACAUUUGGUAUGCUCAUGGGGCUUUACCAAAAGGGCUGGAAUGUUGAGGAGGCAGAGUUUGUGUUUUCCCAAAUGAGGAGUUUCAGAAUUAUAUGUCAAUCUGCGUAUUCUGCCAUGAUUACUAUUUAUACUCGUUUAAGACUGUAUGACAAAGCAGAAGAAGUUAUUGGCAUAAUGAGAAAAGAUAAUGUGGCAUUGAAUUUGGAGAAUUGGUUGGUAUUGCUAAAUGCUUAUUGUCAGCAAGGCAAGUUGGAAGAGGCUGAAGAGCUGUUGAUUGCAAUGCAAGAAUCUGGGUUUUCCCCCAAUAUUGUUGCAUAUAAUACACUGAUAACUGGGUAUGGAAAGCUAUCAAAGAUGGAUGCUGCUCAACACCUGUUCUUGGAAAUCAAGAAUGUGGGAUUAGGGCCUGAUGAAACAACUUAUCGCUCCAUGAUUGAAGGUUGGGGGCGAACUGGCAAUUAUAAGGAGGCAAAAUGGUACUAUUCAGAGCUCAAACGAUUGGGAUUCAGUCCUAAUUCAUCUAACUUAUAUACACUAAUAAACUUACAAGCCAAACAUGAUGAUGAAGAGGGUGCUGUCAGAACUAUUCAAGAUAUGCUGAAGAUGGGGUGCCAGUACUCUUCGAUCCUUGGCACUCUAUUGAAAUCAUAUGAGAGGGCUGGGAAGAUUGACAAAGUACCUCUCCUUUUGAAAGGUUCCUUCUACCAACACGUUCUUGUAAAUCAGACUUCUUGCUCCAUUCUGGUAAUGGCUUAUGUGAAACAUUGCUUGGUCCAUGAUGCUCUAGAAGUGUUGCAGGACAAAGAGUGGAAUGAUCCAGCUUUUGAGGACAACUUGUAUCAUUUGCUGAUUUGCUCAUGCAAGGAGUUGGGUCAUCUUGAGAAUGCUGUUAAGAUUUACUCUCAAAUGCCCAAGUCUAAUGGUAAGCCAAACUUGCAUAUCUUGUGCACUAUGAUUGACGUUUACAGUUCCCUUGGCCUAUUUACUGAAGGAGAGAAACUCUAUCUACAGCUAAAAUCUUCUGGAAUUGCUUUAGACAUGAUUGCCUUUAGCAUUGUUGUGAGGAUGUAUGUCAAAGCUGGAUUGUUGAAAGAUGCUUGCACUGUUCUAGAAACAAUAGAGAAGCAAAAGGACAUAAUUCCAGACAUUUAUCUGUUCCGUGACAUGCUUCGUAUUUAUCAACGAUGUGGAAUGAUGAGCAAGUUAAAUGAUCUGUAUUAUAAAAUCUUGAGGAGUGGGGUUGUUUGGGAUCAAGAAUUGUAUAGUUGUAUCAUAAAUUGUUGUGCUCGUGCUCUACCUGUUUAUGAAAUUUCCAGACUUUUCAAUGAGAUGCUUCGCUGUGGCUUUUCUCCUAAUACUAUAACCUUCAAUGUCAUGCUUGAUGUUUAUGGGAAAGCUAAGAACUUCAGGAAGGUUAAGGAAUUGUUCUGGAUGGCCAGAAAACGAGGUUUGGUUGAUGUGAUCUCUUACAAUACCGUGAUAGCUGCAUAUGGGCAUAAUAGAGACUUCAAGAAUAUGGCUUCAGCUAUACAGAAAAUGCAAUUUGAUGGCUUUUCGGUUUCCCUUGAGGCCUACAAUUGCAUGUUGGAUGCAUAUGGAAAGGAAGGUCAAAUGGAGAGUUUUAGAUAUGUUUUACAGAGAAUGAAGCAAUCGAAGUGUACUUCUGACCAGCAUACAUACAAUAUUAUGAUCAAUAUCUAUGGGAAGCAAGGAUGGAUUGAUGAAGUAGCAGGGGUGCUGACAGAAUUGAAAGAAUGUGGACCAGGGCCUGAUUUGUGCAGCUAUAACACAUUGAUAAAGGCAUAUGGAAUUGCUGGGAUGAUAGAAGAUGCCAUCAAUUUGGUCAAGGAAAUGAGACAAAAUGGAAUAGAGCCUGACAAGAUAACCUAUACCACUUUGAUUACUGCUUUACAGAAGAAUGAUAAAUAUUUAGAAGCUGUUAAAUGGUCCUUGUGGAUGAAGCAACUGGUGUUAUAAAGCUACCAGAAGUUAUGUACUUGUAUAUUUCCUUUUUUGGUUUUGCUUCAGCAAUGCUGUUCCCAUGUUCAGAAACAGCCUGUGUCAGAUGCUACUUGAGAUAGCUCGGCAUUUUUGCUGCCGUUGAUUCUAGACAUUCUGGAGUAUCCUGUUCUGUAUUACAAAUGGCAUAUGAGGUAUAGAUCCUUGCCUGCGUUGCUCUCAGAAGAGAAGUACAUUGAAGAGCAAAGGUACAUCUUUGGAGUCCUUCGACGAAGUAAACUCAAUUAAGGAGUUGGAAAUCACAUAAUGAAAAAAGCAGUACAUAUUUCAGCUUUAAAAACUUGCUUUAUGUCCCUUAUUUCUUUCCAGUUAAGUCAUGUAAAUUCCACAAUAAGUACUUCAAUACAUUUCAUCUUUACAAAAUAGAACCAAAUCUUCAUUUUGUUGAA